AUAUAUAUAUUUUUUUUGACAAAUUGCUAUAAAAAAACACACUUUGCACAUGGAAGCUAGAGUACACUUGCAACUAUAUUACUAAUAUAAAUGUUGGUCAAUGCCAACAAUUCUCUCUAGAUUCACGGAGAGUACGAAUAAACAACAUAAUCAUAUGGAAUAAAUAUUUGUUCUCCGGGUGUUUCGUGUCCCAUAAGAGGGAGCACACACACUAAUAAUCCAGCUUCGAUUAUUCUCUUAUCGUUUUUGACACGUUCAUUUUUUUUAAUCUGUAUUCUACGUUUUAAGGAAACCAGAAACACAGAGAGGAUUAGCGGCUUUACCUCCGUUGCCGAUCCAGCUUUUUUCAUCUUCUGAAUUUCGAAUUCUCGAGUCAAGAAUGUGCAAAACGAAAAUGGCGACGAACGUUUCCGAACCGACACGAGCGCGGCCGAGGAGGUACUCGGCUCCACCGACUCCCCCGCCUCGAACUCGGUCUGAGUUCAUGAGCACUACCGCGUUGAGCUCGCUUUUUACCGCGACCGGCGCGUCGACGUCAUCCGGCACGUCGUCUUCCGUCGCAAGCCGGACCUCACUCGCGAGUCUCCGGGACUCGUUGCCUGAUAAUCCUCACAUAUACGACGUUGAAGAGAUCCGAGUCGCCACCAACAGUUUCCUUGGUCGCCGCCUACCUUCGUCCUCUUCCACGGCGUCCUGGCGCUGUAAUCUGCGUGGGAAAGAGGCGGUGGUUUUCCAGAGGAAGUUCAGACGGAGAAUCGCCAUGUUCGAGCUCAGGGAUUGGCUCUCUGUCAUCUGCCGGAGCCAUCACCGGAGUAUCAUCAACCUCCUUGGCGCUUCUGUCUCCGACGGCGGCGGCGGAGGCGAUCACGUCUAUCUGGUCUACAAAUACGUCCAUGGAGCAACCCUCGCCGACUGCCUCAGAAACCCUAGGAACCCUAAUUUCACUGUUCUCUCAAGCUGGAUCUCGCGGAUUCGAAUCGCCGCCGAUCUAGCCCACGGCCUCGACUACAUCCACAACAAAACCGGAUUGAAGAUCCGAAACCUCGUCCACAAUCACAUCAAUAGUUCCGCCGUCAUUGUAACGGAGCCGGACUUAAACGCGAAGAUCUGCCACUUCGGCACAGCCCAGCUACGCGGCGAAACGGACGAAGUGUCGUCGGAUAGAGACGAACCGCAAAAACUCAAGCGAUCAGAUAGCAAUGCGCUCAGAUUCGAAGGAGUUAGGGGAUAUAUGUCUCCGGAAUUUCAGGCGACGGGGAUCGCGACACAGAAAUCCGACGUAUACGCAUUUGGAGUGACGAUGCUCGAGCUCCUCUCCGGUGAGGAGCCGCUGAGAUAUAAAUUCGACAAGUCGGCCGGAAAUUUCGAACGCACAUCGGUAAUAGAGACGGCGGCGAUGGCGGCGGCGAUUGACAGCGGAGAAGGUGAGAGAGAGGGGAGGCUGAGGAGGUGGAUGGAUCAGAGGUUGAGGGAUUCGUUCCCAGUGACGGUGGUGGAAGAGCUGAUGAAAUUGGCGUUGGAGUGCGUGGAGGAUGAAUCGGAGAAGCGACCGGAGAUGGGAAGAGUCGCCGGGAAAAUCUCAAAACUGUAUUUGGAAUCGGAGAAAUGGUCGGAGAGAAUGCAACCGCCGGUGGAUUUCACCGUCUCAAUGGCUCCCAGAUGAGGGAAUGUAUAUAUAUAUAUAUAUAUAUUCAACUUCACAAAACAAAAUAAAAACACAGAAGUGUCCAUCA